AUCGAUCACGGAUUUGAAAUCGGGGCUCUGUUGUUUUCCCUGACGUCGCGUCCAGGAGAAUAAAUCAAGUUCGGAUCACAGCAUAGGCGGAGGAGAAGAGACACUUAGCAGAGAUGUUUCGCAAUCAGUACGACAACGACGUGACAGUAUGGAGCCCACAGGGCCGUAUUCAUCAGAUCGAGUAUGCCAUGGAGGCUGUGAAGCAAGGCUCUGCAACUGUAGGACUCAAAUCCAAAUCCCAUGCAGUCCUGGUUGCACUAAAGAGAGCCCAGUCUGAACUGGCUGCUCACCAGAAGAAGAUCCUCCAUGUCGACAACCACAUCGGCAUCUCCAUUGCCGGACUGACUGCGGAUGCCAGACUGCUCUGUAACUUCAUGCGUCAGGAGUGCUUGGACUCAAGAUUUGUGUUCGACAGGCCCCUCCCCGCGUCACGUCUCGUCUCUCUUAUUGGCAGCAAAACCCAAAUCCCAACACAGAGGUAUGGAAGGAGGCCCUAUGGCGUCGGACUCCUCAUUGCUGGCUUCGAUGACAUGGGACCUCACAUCUUCCAGACCUGCCCGUCAGCAAACUACUUUGACUGCAAAGCCAUGUCCAUCGGAGCGCGCUCUCAGUCUGCACGCACCUACCUGGAGAGAUGCAUGGAAAAGUUCUCUGACUGUAAUCUGAAUGAUCUGGUUCAGCAUGGCCUCCGUGCUCUCAGAGAAACCCUCCCCAGUGAGCAGGACCUCACUACCAAGAAUGUUUCCAUCGGCAUUGUGGGUAAGGACAUGGAGUUCGUCAUCUAUGACGAUGAUGAAGUUGCCCCGUUCCUGGAGGGACUGGAGGAGAGGCCACAGAGAAAGGUUGCUCCGCCUGCAGAUGAACCCGCCGCCGCCGCCGCCGCCGCUGGAGAGGGUCCUGAUGAGCCAAUGGAGCACUGAGGCGACCGUGUAACUUCCUGUUAUCAGAGGGGGGAGGGGGGGCACACACUCAGACCAACCUGACGCGUAACUGCAACUCACCAGAAUAAAUCUUAGAGGGGGAAAGUUAUUGUCGUGAUGUGCCACUCGCUAAAAACUGUCGAUCCAAAAUAUUCUGCUAACAUCAUCCAAUGUGAUGUUGCUUUUGUAUGAGUAAAGUGUAACAUUAUACAAGUAAUAAACUCUUUUUUUGAAUUGUG